UCAAUUGUGACAUCAUGGGAGUUUCCCAUCCUGCACAGACAAUAAAAGAACAGGCCUUCUGACAGACACUUCACUCUCACCAGCGGGACUAGAAGUGAUCCCAAAAGAGCGCUCCAAUCAAAUCAAAUCAAAUCAUCAUGGUGGCUUUGACUUCAACACCGGCCGACGUGGAAGCGGCAGUGGGUCUCCGGGAGGAGGAGGAGAAGACGGUGGUGGUGGUGGAGAAGCGCUCGUCCUCGGCCUGGAUGUGGACGCUGUCUGCUGGCCUCCUAGUGGCUGCGCUGUGUUUGGGCAUGGUGCUGCUCUUCGCCUGGUACUGGCACGGACGAUCGGAGGGCAAGAUGCCUUCGGUGGGCCCGACGCUGGCGCUGGUGGCCGACGAGGACAAGUUAGAUCCUCACAACACGCUGAAGAAGAUCAGCAGCAAAGCCAAGGCGGCCAUUCAUCUUGAAGGUAUUCAUGAAGAAGGCGACAGCGUAAAGGAGAAGCUACAAUGGCGUAACGGCCAAGGUCAGGCCUUCGCGCAGGGCGGCCUGACCCUGCACAACAACCGGAUCGUGGUGCCGCACACCGGCCUCUACUUCGUCUACAGCCAGGCGUCCUUCCGCGUCUCCUGCAGCGACAGCGGCGAAGACGGCCUGGAACACGAGACGGCGUCUCCGGGGAAGCGCCUGGCGCCCCUCAGCCACCGCGUGUGGCGCUACUCGGACUCUGUGGGCAGCAAGGCCUCGCUGAUGAGCGCCGUACGCUCGGCGUGCCAGCAAAGCACGUCCGGCGAGGACGAUCAGCGCCACAAGCACGGCUGGUACAACGCCUUGUACCUGGGGGCCGUCUUCCAGCUCAACAAGGACGACCGGCUGUGGACCGAGACCAACCAACUGUCCGAGCUGGAGACGGACGGCGGCAAGACCUUUUUCGGCGUCUUCGCCCUCUGACCAACUCUACGGCUGUGUUCCAGAUCACUCUCGUGAACUUUGACAAAGUGAUUCGCUAGCACUCGAUGAAUCCCUUCCGCCGUUUCUAAAAAUCUUUAUCUUGAGAUUCGAGCAUGGAUAAGGACGAACGAUUCCAAACGCAGUCUCUGCCUUUAUUCAUCGUACAACGGUGAUUGAGAACUGCUUCAAUCUCAAUGGAGAUGACCUCGAGCGGAUUGCCAUCUUUGUACGAACUGCAACAGUUUGCGACUCCGUUUGCGCUAUUUAUUUUUUUUCUAUUUAUUUUCUAUUUAAGCCAUCUGGGAACGUGGUGUUAUUUAUACAAUGUCACGUUUGGAGUGUGGACUCUCGUGUGUCUUGUCUGGUACAAAUAAAAACACAAGAGGGGGAA